AUCACUAUCGGUUAAAUUAGAGACAGUCUUUGAAAUGGAACGAUAUUUGAGGGACGAGCCAAGAAUCUAUCAAUGUAAGCAACUUCCGGAAGGUCUACAAGAACCCUUGAAUCUGAUUACGCUGACAAGUGACAGGGACUCUAUUACUGAACACUUAACUCCAGACCCAGAUGAACGUUUAAUUACUUUUACUUCUACUACAGAAAGCAGAAUUUGCAACAAUGACGGUGGAAAUAGCAGUGGAGGAGAAGAUAGGCUUAGUGUUUCCGAUUUGGAUAUCAGUGAUCAUUACUUUGAUACUAUGAUACCUAGAUCCAUCAAUUGGAAGACUGUUGAAAGUGAUAUCAAGUCUACUGAAUUACCGAACAGGUUUCACGGGUUGAAAAAGAAAUCUCUUCUGUCUGUGCCUGAUGGCGAGGGUAUAUCCCUAAAGCUUCUCACUAAAAUAGGAAAAUCAUCAGACAGCGUGGCGAAGCGUACUUUAGCGCCAGGUGUCGCCACUUUACAAGUCUCCGUGGCCGCAAAGGCUUCCGUUCUUCAAGAUUCAACAGUGCCAACCGCGACUUUAGAGACUCAGAUGUUAGCAACCUUAAAAUCAACUAAUCCUUCUCCCGACUCCCAGUGCCGAAUUGAACUGGUUCCCGACAGCAAGAGGAGAACCCACAAGUGCCAAUACAGUGGGUGUAAAAAAGUGUACACUAAAUCGUCACAUCUAAAAGCUCAUCAGCGUACUCAUACCGGAGAAAAACCUUACAAGUGUAACUGGGAAGGCUGUGAAUGGCGGUUUGCUCGAUCAGACGAGCUAACUCGUCAUUAUCGAAAACACACAGGCUCCAAACCUUUCAAGUGCAGUCAUUGUGAGAAGUGCUUCUCUCGUUCAGACCACUUAGCACUUCACCUGAAGAAACAUCAGUAGUAGAGGUGUUCUACAUAUAGGCUUAAGUGACGCACCAUCGUCUCUAGAUUGUGUGAUUCCAAAUAAACCCGAAAACCUUUUUUCUGCUAUAACACGAGCUGGAAAAAAAAAACAACUCACAAAAAAUUAGGUCAAAUUACAGACCCCUCGGGGAGUGAAAUCUUUAGGAAAUGUGCAUCAUCACAGAAACUCUGAUAUAUUUUUUUCCUUUUUCAAUAAUUAAUAUAUUAUCAUUAAUUUAUAUGGUGUCUAAUGCAGGUUCCAAAUGUGAAAAAGGGAACGUUAAAGAGAAGUAAAAAAUAAAUCAGUUAUUAUAUA